AGGAGCUCUGUCUAGAAAUAUAAAGGUAAAGAUCUUUGAUAUGAGUGAAGUCAGCUUCACUCAGCUUACUUUGGGAGUGAGUGAGUAGAGGUUGGGAAAAUGAAGCCUGUCUACAUUCUGGGGCUGAUCGUGGCUGUAUUCUGUGCUUCUGGGAUGUGUUUCCCCAACCCAGAGGAAGCUCAGACUGAUGACCAGAUCCAGGAGGAGCAACCUGGCAGGAUAAAUCAAGAUUCUUCUGCAAUAUCCACCAGCAACACUGACUUUGCCUUCAAGCUAUUCAAAACACUUGCUUCACACCACCAGAACAAGAAUAUCCUUUUCUCUCCCCUGAGUAUAUCCAUUGCCUUUGCUCUCCUUUCCCUGGGGGCCCAAGGAAGCACCCAGACUCAGAUACUAGAAAGCCUGAGAUUCAACUUGACAGAGACCUCAGUGACUGAAAUUCACAGAGGCUUUCAGAAGCUUAUUUACUCUCACAAUCUCCCAAAUGAUAUGUUCCAAUUAAGCACAGGAAAUGCCUUGUUUGUUGACAAAAGUAUGGAAUUGCUAGAGAAGUUCCAGAAUGAUAGCAAAACAUUUUAUUCAACAGAAGUUUUCUCUGCUGACUUCCAGGAUUCUGGUUUGGCAAGACAGUAUAUCAAUGAUUAUAUAAAGAAGCAAACCCAAGGGAAAAUCAUGGAAAUGUUCAAGAGCCUAGAUGAAAACACAAUAAUGGUACUUGUGAAUUAUAUAUACUUUAAAGCUAAAUGGAAAACACCAUUUAAGUCAAUUCACACUUCAGAACAGAAUUUCUUUGUGAGUGAAGACAAGAUUGUUCAAGUUCCCAUGAUGAAUCUGGAUCAUCUUUACACCCGUGUUUUCCAUGACAAGGAGCUUUUCUGCACAGUUGUAGAACUGCCAUAUAAGGGUAAUGCAACAGCACUUUUCAUCCUUCCUGAUGAAAAGAAAAUGGAGGAUGUUGAAAAUUCUCUCAACCCAGAAGUUCUGGAAAAAUGGAAAAAUUCACUCAAAAAACGACAAAUCAAUCUCUUCUUGCCAAAAUUUUCACUCUCUAGUGACUUUCAACUUGAAGAGAUUCUUCCCACAAUGGGCAUUGAAGAAGUCUUUACUGACCAAGCUAAUCUUUCUGCCAUAACUAGACAACGCAACCUGAAAGUUUCCAAAGUGCUCCACAAGGCUGUGGUGGAUGUAGAUGAAACUGGAACAGAGGCUGCAGUUGCCACAGGCAUAGAGUUUGUAUUAUAUUCAGCAAUGUUUUCACCUGAAAUCAUUACAUUCAAUAGGCCAUUCUUUAUAUACAUAUAUCAUGAAGAGAUUAUAUUUAUGGGGAAAGUUGUCAACCCCAUAAGUACAUAGUUCUCUUGACGAAGGUGAUGGCAGGCCAGAAACUAACAGACUUGGAAGUAAAGGGAAUAGAAGAUCUAAUCCCAGGUCAUUCUGUCAUAUAUUGGGUGACCCUGAGCUAGUCUUAUCUUCUCUAUAAAUAUUACCUUACAUUUGUUUUUAAAAAGUCCUCUCAAAAAAUAAAAUUAAAUUAAAAAAAUAAAAUAAAAUUUAAAAGUCAUCUCAACAUAUCUUGAAGGGUGUGUUGGUUAUAUAAACUUUUGAAAUAGUUGGGAAAUGCUUGAAAAUUUUUGGAUACCAUUGCCUUAAAAAUAAAAUAUUAAGCUUAUUUUUCAUUGUAAUAAAUUAAUCAUCAAGAAACAAA